AUGACUGCGAGUUUAUCUGAACCCGGAGAUCUUCGUGAACAAGGAAAUCAAGCAUUUAAACAAGGAAAAUUUCAAGAAGCUAUCGAUCGAUAUACUGAAGCAUUGAAUGCACUUGUCGAUUUACAAUUAUCUGAAACCAUAAAAAAUGAUCUAACAAAAUGUUAUAGUAAUCGUUCGCAAUGUUAUAUUAAUUUAAAUCAAUAUGAAGAAGCUAUUGAAGAUGCUACACGAGCACUUGAGUACACUCCUGCAGAUCAAAAAUCUUUAUAUCGUCGAGCAAAUGCAUUUGAACGUUUAGGCAAAGUAAACGAAGCUAUAUCAGAUGCACAACGUUUAAUAUCAAUUUCACCUAAAGGAGGUUCUGGUGAUGAACAAACAAAUAUUCUUUUAAGAAAAUUACGUGAAAAUGCACAAAGCAAACAUACACAAAAAACACAAUUAACAUCUCAGAUUCAACAAAUGUUCGAAGCUAUUCAUAUAAAUUCAAAUUCAGAAACAGCAUUGAAUAAUCUUCUUGUUAUAUCACGUGAAGACGCUGGUGCAGAAGGAAUUCUUGCCUUUGAUUGUGAUCUACGACAAAUAAAAGAUUUUAUUCAAAGAAAUGAACGAAUUACUGUACUUGGUACUUUACGAGUAUUAGCUUCGAUUGUUAGAAAUUCAUAUAAACGGGCAGAAAAUGUAUAUCUUAAACUUGGCCUUCAGCCAAUUACUCAUUGUUUAGCAAUGAAUGAUAACGAAAUUCCUUCAAGUGCAGCUGUUUUACUUCAUAAUAUGAUUAUUUCAAUAUGUGAUCUUGAAAAUCGUCGAAAAAUUCAAAAACCGAUUAAUGUACCUUUUAAUUUCGAUCAAUCAAUAAUUGAAUUUAUUAACAAUGUAUUUCGUAUGUUAAAUGGGUUAAUUGAUGAUAAAACAUGUUCAGGUAUCGGUCGUGAUUGUUGUCUUGAUCUUGUUGUGAAAUUUGUUGAUCGAGCAAACGGUUGUAAUUGGACCAGUAAAUUUAUUGUAUCAGGUGUACCAAAAGUGUUGCGAGUCGCAGCAACUGUAUGUGAUUUAUCAGAUAAUAUAAAAUCAUAUCAAAUAACCGAACAAACCAAAAUGCAUAUUUCUUGUGUACUUAGUGUUGUUUAUCAUGAUUUAUGUUCAGAUCAAGAACGAGAAGAAUUUAAUAGUGAAUGUAUAGAAUUUGUUAAAGCUCUACGAGAGAAAGAUGAUGUUCAAUCUCGAAUACGAACAAUAUCGGUUUUAGCUGUUCUAUUGCAAGGUCCGUUUGAUACUGGUAAUGCAAUUUUAGGUAGUCAGAAUCUAGUAGAUUUAAUGAUACAAAUGGCUGGUUCUGAUGAUGUUGUACAACAACGUAUUGCCGUUGAAGCAAUUGUUUUAUCUGCAUCAAAAAAAGAUAAAGCAGCUGGUAUUAUUGCACAAGGUGCUGAUAUUCUUAAAAAUUUGUAUCGAUCAGCCAAUGAUGAUAUUAAAGUGCUUGCUCUUGUGGGUUUAUCAAAAAUUGCAUCAAGUAAAGGUACAGAUACAAGUGCAGGUAUUGUUGCUGAAGGUUCAUGUCAAACGCUUGGUCGUGCAUGUUGCAAAUUUUUAACAACAAGUGAAAGUUUCGAUAUUCGUCGUUGGUCAGCUGAUGGUUUGGCUUAUUUAUCGUUAGAUGCUGAUGUUAAAGAAGAACUUGCUGAUAAUCUACCAGCUUUAAAAGCUCUUUUUAAUUUAUGUCAAUCUCAAGAUGCACAUGUUUUAUAUUCUCUAACAACAAUAUUUGUUAAUCUAACAAAUACAUAUGAUAUACGAAAACCAGAUAAAGAAAUGGUUGAAUUAGCUACAUAUGCUAAACAACAUAUACCAAAAGAACAUCCAAAGGAUGAAAAAACAUUUUUUGAUGAACGUCGAAAAAAAUUAGUCGAAGCUGGAAUUAUUCCUAUUUUAGUACAAUUAUGUAAACAUAAAAGUGAAAAUUGUCGAGAACAAAUAGCUCGAAUAUUUCUUGGCCUUUGUGAAAAUGAAAAAUAUCGUGGACCCAUUGUUGCAGGCGGAGGAGCAAAAGCUUUACUUCCACUUACCUUCGAAGGAACAGCUAUUGGCAUGACAAAAGCAAGUCAAGCUUUAGCAAAAAUUUGUAUAACAACAAAUCCAGAAAUUGCUUUUCCUGGUCAACGAAUGCUUGAAAUUGUUCGACCUAUUAUUAAACUUCUAAAAAUUGAACAUACAGCCCUAGAAAAUUUCGAAGCAUUAUUGGCAUUAACAAAUUUAGCGAGCAUUGGAGAAAAUGUUAGAAAACGUAUUUUAAAAGAAGAUGGAUUCUCUAAUAUUGAACAAUAUAUGUUCGAAGAACAUCCAAUGUUGAAACGAGCAGCAACUGAAUGCAUGUGUAAUUUAGUUGUUCAAGAAGAAGUUAUGAAAUAUUUUACGGGAGAAAAUGAUCGUAUUAAAUUAUUAGUUUUAUUAUGUGGUGAUGAAGAUGAAUUAUUAAUAAAAGCAGCAUUAGGAACAUUAGCUGUUUUAUCAUCAUUACAAGCUGAUAUUGAAUAUAUAAAAGAUUUAAAUUUACAAGAUGAAGAACGUCAACGAUUAAAUGAUUUAAUGAAAGAAAAUCGAAUAAUAUGUGAAAAAAUUCUUGAUGUUAAAUCAUUUACUGAGAUUUUUAAACAAUUAUGUGCUUGCAAUAAUCAAGAUUUACAAUUUCGUGCACUUUAUAUAAUUCGCAAUAUUGUUAAGAUUGAUAAAGAAUUAGCAAUACGCAUUGUCGAAACGGAAUUAAUGGAUAUUUUAUUUGCAAUGAAAGAAAUAAAAGAUAUUUCUCUAGUCAAUGAAAAGAAUCAAAAAAUUGCUUCGGAGAUUGUUCAACUCUGUCUAAAAUAUGGUCUUAUUCAAAAGAAUAAAGAACAAACAAUUAAAGAAGAAAAUGGUACUAUUACUUCAAAUAAAUGA